CUACCAAUAUACCCCCCGCCCUGGGUACCAGGCUUUAUACACAGGUACGAGUUCCGCGAGUAUCUAUAAAGCGGCUUGCCAGGCUAGAUGCAACGCACAAUGGCUGAAAACCCCUGGUAACAUCCCAACCCAUGCCGGAUAUACAGGCAAUCCAGCACGAGCCGACGUCGAGUCCAACGAACACCUGCCACCCACCCCGCGAGGACCGAUUAAUGCCGCAAAAGCCGGAGUGGCACAAAACUGCAGGAACCUUGCGCAUAACGGGUGUCCUCGAGGCCUUAUUCACCGACGCCGCCUAUCCUAGGAUGCACAUAUCUUUCCGAAAGCUGGUCGAAGACCUGAGCCUAGGCCAGAAGACGGUACUACGACAGGAGAGCAGCGCAUUCCUUGCAGUCAUCCCCUAUGGAGCGGGCCCAAAAUUCUACCAGACCUACACGAUGCUGAAGCAGGACGUUAAGGCGUUUAUUGACAACCUCCAGGUUGAGAAGGGUAACUACAAGAUCUCCAUUUCGAAGACCGACUAGAACGGCAAGAAGACGAGAGACUACCAAACGCCAUGGCCAUUCUUCAUAGAGAACGCGGCUCAACCCCUACGGGACUACCUCCUCUGGCAACAAACUUUCCCCAUCGACGACAAACUCGUACUCAACUUCCUCCCACUAUGCAGCAGUACUGGAAGAUAAAGAUAAAAGAAUGCUUGCGAUGAUCACGACGAUCGUAUAUGAUAAAUGUGCGUAAAGGUAUAACUAGGCCAAAAGCUAGUAUUUAUGCAAGUAAUUGUUUUCAGUCCAAGAAAUAC